AUGUUUGUGCCUCGAAGAUCAUUAUUCGCUGCUAGAAGGCAAAUCCCUUCUCAAUGCAACCGUUCGAUCGCUCGAUUCUUCUCCGCCGAGUCAGACGUUACCCUGCAAAACCCUUCCCAGGACCCCACGCAAGUGAACCAGGAAGAUGUCAUCACAAAGCCCAAAUACACACCGCGCACUACGACCGCUGCUAGACCUGCUACUACGCCAAGACCUGCGCCCGUGAGAGCUUCUACUGCUGCCAAGCCUGCUGCUCCUGCGCCUAAAACAACGACUUUCCCUUCCAAACCUGCGACUAGCAGCAAGCUAGCGAACCCUCACACGGCUGUUUUUACGUCGAAGAACACGUUGAGCGAAUCUAGCGAGACGGACGUUGAUAGCACACAUGAUAUUAAUUGGGAGACGAGCUUUUACGGCCUCGGAGUCAAGCCUGUCACCGUUGAGCAGAGCGAGGUUCUGUCAAGACCUGUCGACGUGGACGAUGUGGAGGUUAAGCCCGAUGGAAUUAUCUAUCUGCCCGAGGUGAAGUACCGAAGACGCUUGAACGAGGCUUUUGGACCUAUGGGAUGGGGCAUGGUUCAUCGUGGAGAGGUUGUCGUGGGACAGAACAUUGUCACGCGAGAGUAUGCCCUUAUUGUUAACGGCCGCAUGGUAUCUCAAUCUCAGGGUGAAAACAACUUUUUCAGCGCUGAAGGUGUCCCCGCUGCUAUCGAGGGUGCCAAGUCCAACGCCCUGAUGCGUUGCUGCAAGGAUCUCGGUAUUGCCUCUGAGCUAUGGGAUCCUGUCUUCAUCCGCUGGUUCAGAAAGAAUUACAUGGAGGAGCGAUGGGUUGAGCACGCGACCACCAAGAAGAAGAGGACAUUCUGGUACAAAAAGGGUCUUGCUGAGGCAGUGUACCCUUACAAGCUUGUCUAA